AUGUCAGAAACCGUGCAAGAAAUUGCUAUUUAUAUCCACAGGUUUCACAACCUUGACCUUUUCCAGCAAGGAUGGUACCAAAUAAAGAUCACCAUGAGAUGGGAAGAUGAUGAGAUUACUACUGUAGCAACCCCAGCAAGGGUUGUUCAAUAUGAAGCUCCUGAUCUUGGCUUUGAUGACGUAUAUGGAGUUUGGAAGAUUGAUGAUACAGAUAAUAGCUUCUUGACACCCCCCUUCCGAAUAAGAUAUGCAAGGCAGGAUGUUCGGAUGUCUAUCCUGAUAUCGUUUAAUUUAUCACUAAGUAAAUGUAAGGGUCCUUCCUCGUCUGCUGUUAUUUUGAAAUUUGAGCUUUUUCAAGCUCCAAUAACUGAAAGCGGGCAUCAAUUUCUGUCUACGUUGGAAGCAUCCUCUGUUGCUAUCCAUGAGUUUCGUGUUCCUCCCAAAGCUCUUCUGGGGGUGCAUUCAUAUUGCCCUGUUUACUUUGACGCAUUUCAUGCUGUGCUCGUUGAUGUGAGUGUCCAUGUCACCCUUUUGCAAGCUGGUUAUUACAAGAAGGUAGCCAGUGAUUCUCUCGAUUCUUCAGCCGGUGGAAGUCCUAAUGGGCUUGAUAAAGAAUUGGAUCCUGUAGAUCUGAGAGAGGUAGAACUUGUCAAGGCCUUUUUACUAGCCCGAGACGUAUUGAUGGAAGAGAUUCAUAAACUUAGCAAAGCCAUUAACAAAGUUGUUGACUUGACUGAGUUCAAACGAAAGAUGAAUGAUAUCAAGAUGUUAGAUUCUGUCUGGCAAGCAAGCUUGGGUACUUCAGAUGGUGAAUAUUCUGGACAAGGCAAGCGACAAAAUGGUCUUGAGACAGAAAAUGGUAUCCGGGACAUUCAAAGUGAGAGGUUGGGCAGUCUAUCGGUGGAUGCUUUAACAAAUAUUUUCCAUGCACUGGGGUCGCAACAAUCGUAUUUAUGGGGCGUCUUUAUGCAGUUUCACAGGGAAAACAAAGUACAGAUACUGGAAUUUUUGCGCGACGGAUGGAGCAAGGACCGCAGAGCUGAAUGGUCAAUAUGGAUGGUGUACUCGAAAGUUGAUAUGCCUCAUCAUUACAUAAGCAGUGGAAAUGAUGAUACUUCCAACAGUGUACCCAGAAGAGUUGCUGCUUUGUGGAAGCUAGCUAUUGAUCCUGCUCAAGCUGCAGCAACACGUGCUGAGCUUCAUCGACGGAGCAUAGCUCAAAUGAGGAUUAAUACUUGUUCAAUUCAAGACCUGUAUAUAUUCGGUGAUCCCUUGCGCAUUCCUAUUGUGAUAAUUGAGCGUGUCAUAAAUGCACCACGCCGUACCAUGAGUGAGAAUUCGUACUUUAAAAACAUGGACCUGAUAGAUUCUCAAGGAUUGAGACUGAAGACUAGUGCUGAGGCUGGAAACAAACCAUCUCUUCCUACUAUUCAACCAACUGGCCGCGACUUGAAAAUUGUCGUGUUUGUGCAUGGUUUUCAGGGACAUCAUCUGGAUUUACGGCUUGUUCGGAAUCAGUGGCUGUUGAUAGACCCCAAGAUAGAGUUUCUGAUGUCACAGGCAAAUGAGGAUAAAACCUUGGGAGAUUUCAGAGAAAUGGGACAAAGGUUGGCUCAAGAAGUGGUUUCUUUUGUUAAGAAGAAAAUGGAUAAAGUUUCAAGAUCUGGUCAUUUGAGAGAUAUUAAGCUCAGCUUUGCUGGGCACUCUAUUGGAAAUGUAAUUAUAAGAUCGGCUCUAUCAGAGAGCAUCAUGGAGCCAUAUUUGAGUUACCUCUACACCUACGUUUCUGUAUCUGGUCCACACUUGGGCUAUCUUUACAGUUCAAACUCUUUAUUUAAUUCUGGAAUGUGGCUUUUAAAGAAGCUGAAGGGAACACAGUGCAUUCAUCAGCUUACUUUCACGGAUGACCCUGAUCUCAGAAACACCUUUUUCUACCAGCUUUGCCAGCACAAGACACUAGACCACUUCAGAAACAUAAUACUGAUGUCGUCACCCCAGGAUGGUUAUGUGCCAUACCAUUCAGCUAGAAUCGAACUGUGCCAGGCUGCAACCUUGGACCACUCCAAAAGAGGCAAGGUAUUCCUGGAGAUGCUAAAUAACUGCCUGGAUCAGAUACGGACCUCAACCAAUGAGCAAAGGUUGUUUAUGCGAUGUGAUGUCAACUUUGAUACAACAGUGUAUGGGAAGAACUUCAACACAUUCAUAGGUCGGGCGGCACACAUUGAGUUUCUGGAGUCUGACGUCUUUGCAAAGUUCAUCAUGUGGUCUUUCCCUGAACUCUUCCGUUGA